AUGGCGAGUCCCCUGGAGCAGGCGUUGGCCGUGAUUGUCUCCACCUUCCACAAGCAUUCGGGGAAUGAGGGGGACAAGUACAAGCUGAACAAGACGGAGCUCAAGGAGAUGCUCAUGAAGGAGCUGCCCAGCUUCAGUAAACAAACCAGUGAGACCAGCUUACAGCAGCUCAUGUCCCACCUGGACUGCAACAGCGACAACGAGGUGGAUUUCCAAGAGUACGUGACCUUCUUGGCCUGCAUGGCCAUGAUGUGCAACGACUUCUUCCAGGACUACCCCGACAAGAUGCCACGUAGGAAGUGA